GACUUGAAAUGUUGGUGAAGAAAGGUAUAUAAUGAGUUGAAAUGUUGCAACAGCAUUGAGUGGGGCCGUACACCGACGACGUCACGAUGAAGUUUCUUAUCUCCGUUUUCCUUGGCCUGGUAAUCGCCGCAUCCGUUUGCGAGGCAUGGCGGUGGAAACCUUGUAAAGGAAAACAUUGUAGACGUGGUUACGGAGGUGGCUAUGGAGGCGGAUAUGGAGGAGGCGGUGGAUUUGGAGGCGGUUACGGUGGUGGAGGCGGUUACGGAGGAGGUUACGGUAUCGGUUACGGAGGCGGAGGCGGUUACGGAGGCGGUUACGGAGGCGGAGGCGGUUACGGAGGCGGUUACGGAGGCGGUUACGGUGGCGGAGGCGGAUACGGAGGUUACGGAGGUUACAUGGGCGGGUACGGUGGAUACGGUGGAGGUGGUGGUUAUGGAGGCGGAUUCGGGGGUGGUUUUGGAGGCGGAUAUGGGGGUGGUUACGGAGUAGGAGGUUACGGAGGCGGUGGAUAUGGAUAUGGUGGAGGCCAAAUGGGAGCUUACUGCAAAUGCCGAAGGUGGUGCAGGCCGUGGCAGAAGUUUGUUGGUCGUUGCCCAUGGUGCAAGAAGGGCUGUAAACUUGUGCUCUGCUGCAGAAGGAGGUGGAAAUAAGCUUGUAGGGACAAGACCUGAUAGCAUCAAGGACAACGACUCGAUCACCUUUUGUAUAUAUAUAUUGCCGUAAAAUAAUAAUAAUAAUAAUAAUAAUAUUAAAGCAUCGAAUUUGCAA